AGCUGUUAUGUUUCUAAUCAAGUCUGUUUCACUGUGUUUUCCUAGCGUGCCGCUAGUCUGGAGCCAUCGUUGGUCAUGCUAAAGCUCAGCCAAUUCAAGCCGUCGGUCCUCAUCGAAGUCACCAAUAACACGUCCGUCUAGGUCAAAAAUUAGUUCAUCUGUUGUUGCUCUAUUGCUCUGUUUCUAUUGUGUCGGUCAAAGUUGCCAAUUUGCAGUGUUCAUUGUCAUCCUCACCUCCAGGGGAAGUCGCCAUUGGAUCUACGCAUCAGGGUAGAGGUGGACACGGUAAACAGGUAGAAGAUGAACAUAGAGCCGAUCCCGGAAGGCGAUGAAGACGAUGAGAUGUGGGUGGAGCUAAUCGAGGAUUUCGAACUUUUAAUUAUUAAUGAAUAAUUCAUUACGUUUUUGGGCAUGAGUCCCAAGUUGUGUUAAUUUACUUAUUAAGCUUCCACACUAUUUCAGUUUACUCCGAUGUUGGAUUUUUUAUCAAGAACUGUUGGAUGUUUUAAAUUGUUUUGAAAAUUAGCGACUCAAUUUGGGGUUAUCUAUCCGUCGGUCUCUCCGCCGGAAAUACGACGUCAUCUCCGAAAACCUCAGAUUGCUGUAGAAAUUUUUUACUGUAUUUUCAAGUGGAGAGAGAUUCGCACCGGCGGAAAUUUUGGGGAAAUCCAUGGCGGCGGCCGAUCUCUCCGAUGAUUUAGACCAGCUACUCGACAGCGCUUUGGAUGAUUUCCAGAGCCUCAAUAUUGCUGCUGCUGCUUCUCAAAGGAGUAAAGAUGGAGAAGAGAAGGGGAAUUUUAUGCCGAGUGAGGUUCAAGGGCUAGGGAUGGGAUUGCCAGAUUUGAGAAAGAAAAUAGGUAAGCAAAAGAAGGAUUCCAAGGCAAUGAAGGAUUCGCAUGCUUCUGAGGCUCUAGAUAAGCUUACAGAACACACCAUGGAGGCUGUGAAGGGGUUAGAAUCGAUGAACGGAUUGCAGCUUCCCGGAGAUCCGAAUUUUGGGAAUGAUGCAAUGAUGGAGGAAUGGGUCAAGCAGUUUGAAGAGCUUGCUGGCUCUCCGGACAUGGAGUCAAUGGUUGAGACAAUGAUGCAACAGCUUUUAUCCAAAGAAAUUCUGCACGAGCCUAUGAAAGAAAUGGAAGACAGAUACCCUAAAUGGUUAGAGGAAAACAAAGCUAAACUGGCAAACGAAGAAUACUGCCGUUACAACAAGCAGUAUGAACUCAUAAAAGAGCUUAAUCGAGCUUAUGAAACAGAUCCAGCAAACUUCAAGAAGAUUGUUGACCUCAUGCAGAAAAUGCAAGAGUGUGGCCAACCACCUAAUGAUAUUGUUCAUGAGCUAGCCCCGGAUUUCGACUUGUCGACUCUUGGUCAAAUAACCCCAGAGAUGCUUGAAUCUAAACCAGAAUGCUGUAUUACAUGAUAUGACUUGCGAGGUCUGCCUUCUCUUCCUGUCUCAGCUUAUGCUUUGGUCAAUUCAUAUGUUAUCCUUUUGCAACUUGUAUCACAUUAUUCACAUCCUUUUUCACUAGUUUUUUUUGUCAAUCAGUAGAUUGAUCAUAGUUACUCGUUUGAUACCGUGCGGAAUGGAAUUGGGCGUUUUAUAGGGAUGUAAACGAAUAAAACCCAAUGUUCAACAUUUUAUUAUUUGUGUUCUGUUUUUUUUGGACAAGUUUUUUGGUUCAAAUAUCUUUUUUGGUAUUCGUAUACGAUUCGUUUA